GAGGCAACGCAUUCAGAACCCUAAAAUGGUCAAUUCCUCCCAUCAAGCCGUCGGGGCGGAGGGAGGGAUCUUGACGGUACAUUUCCUCAAAGCAAACCACCGCUGAAUCGACAGCGGAGGUGGAAGGAUUGGAAUCAGCAGACGCCAUGAGAACGGAGAAGAGGGACUAACCUUCAAAUGGAAGCGGCAACGACGACUGAAGCGAAUGGAGACGGCGAACAGGAUCAACGGCAAGGCUGCGACGCAAAAAUGGCGAAAGUGGAGAAGAUUGGGAGAAUCCCCAAUUUUAUACAUUAGAGGGAUCCGACCCGACUUAAUGAAAAGGCACAAUUGCAAAGAGACGUGGCGCUUCUUCAGGCGCACGAUCAAGAACCAUCGCGAACGGUUGACAAAGGAACAGUACAGAGACGUUGCGUCUCCCAAGUAGUACAAUCAUACUUCUCAGAAUCGAGGGAACACGUGCAAAAUUUUGCCAGUUGGGACACUCCCCCCCCUCGUCAGUACUCGAAUGGGGCAGUGGGGGACUCCUACACAUGGCAGAGAUUUUAAAUUUUCAAAUUCAAAAACUCCAACUCUUAGAUUACUUCCCUCGGCUUCGCUACGCUCAGCCGAGGAAGUGGGGGACUCAUGAUGGAUACCCUGGACAGGGGGUAUCCGGUCUUUGUAUAGUAUUAGUCGGGAAGGUCCAGUUUGUGCGAUCGGCCCGUUAGUCGUUUAUCAAUUACUUAUUUAGGGCGGCCCAGCCUGUUGGGCCGGCCCAUUGGUCUUUGUAUGUAAACCCUAGCCCUAACUCUCCCAUUAUAUAUACCCCUCUUCUUAGAAGAGGGAGAGGGGAGGGAGGAAUCUCAUCCUACACACACACCACACGAGGAGCUCAUUCCAUGCUCCGGACUUACGUUCUAAGUGAUACUCUUACCAGCACAUUAUUACUCUCAAUCCCCUUGACCCCUCAUACCUUGUGCGCUCGUGCUUAGUUCGAUACUCAUCUGCCUAGUUACCUAGGCCCCCGGGUUCCAUAACCCAACAUUGGUGCUCUCGUUGAGAGUGUCGAACACAUCAAGCGUGCUCCAAAAACAAAAAAAACAAACAAGAGUGGUCCUUCCAAAUCUUUGUGGUGGGAUUCGGUCGCUGUUCUUGGAUUCCCCACCAUCGCCGACUAGAUCUGUCAUUGGCCGACCACCGCCGGCUUCGAGACACCACUCAUCGCCGGCCAGAUCUUGAUUCCGCGCACAGAUCUUCGAGGUUCAACAACAGCAACUUCGGAUUUGGUAACAGCUCCAGAUUUGACGGUGGUCAAGGGCGUCGCUGUCCCUGCGGUCGGCGAUACCAGCUUCGCCGGCCAACAGUGCUCCGCUGACCAGCAGUGCUCCAAUUACGACCCGACCCAGACGGAAAUCCUUCCACCAGCGGCGGGUCAGCAGUUCUGGGUUUUACAGCGGCCAUUCCUGCAAGCCGCUCCCUGCUUCGUUCAAGUUUCCGGCGACCGCUUCCGACGGCAGAUCAUUGACCAAACAACCGCAACAGCAGACCGGUGCAGCCGAAGACGAGCAAGCUCGGAUCUAAAGCCUGACUACCACACCAGUCCCGGCCGGCAGCGACCCACCGCCAUCCCUCCGGUCAUGGCCUCUCGGUGUGCAGGCCUACCCUGUAGACGUCGACCCCAGCGUGAUUCAAUGGUCAAUCCGACAAGUGCGCAAGCCUCCUGGAUGCGUGGGACUUUUGAUGCGCAAGACUGUUGCUCCUGUCAAUCUGUCGGCAAUAUUAUAAAAAAAGAAAGAAGCCUAUACUUU